CGUCCAGUGUCAGAGUAACAUCGUAAACGAGGACCACCUGACGGUAAUAUCCCGGCCUGAAUGGAAGCAGCGGAGGAAACUCUCACUUACCGAGAUGACACCGGACUUCACGGGAAGCUGCACAAGAAGGGCAAUCCGAAAGCCAGGAGCCCCGCCGCCGCCGAGACGAACCGCGCCGAGUCCAACUAUGUGGAUCUGGACAUGAGAGCUGGGGGGCCCACCACGGUUAAAGUCACUUUCACCGGCGAGGGGAACCAGCUGUCCGUUAUCAAGUGCCCGAAGCCCGAGGAGAAGAAAGAGAUCACCGAGGAGGAGGAGCCGUCAGAGGACAGUCUGGAGCGCGGCCCCGGGACGCAGCCGGUGCUGGAAACUCUGACCAAACUUCCCGAUGUGGACUCCGGGAACAACAAGGAGCCAAGCGGGUGCAGCGAGGAUCUGCAGUACACCGACAUUUAUCUGAACAGCAAGACAGAUUCGGACGACGCGCUGUCCGAGCAUUGCGGCUCCGACGCCGUGGAGGAUGAGUCCCACUAUAUCACGACGCACGAAAUCCAGCUGACCGAGCUCGACCACGACGUGGAUUACGACUUGGGCAGAGGAGCCUGCUGGGACUUUGAAGACGACAACCUUGUCUAUUCUUUUGUGGAUUAUGCUUCAUUUGAAAGCGACGACACCCAGGAGGGAACUUUGGUUCUGGAGGGAAGGAGUCAGGCCAAACAAGUGCUGUCCACUCUGACCGGAACAGUCAGCACCGAGCAGGAGGACAGUGAUCUCUGUGACUCGGAUAAGUGCAUCAGCUCUGAUGAAAGUGUGAGCAAAAGCCUGAGGGAAGACACGGGGAAAAUUCACCUGUCCAUACAAACCUCCUCCAGAGGUGGGAAUGACCCCACGGGUGCUUUUGACGACAGAACCCAGGGGUACGCAGCGCACUUUGGAGACAGACGACAUUUCUCUUUAGUGAGCUCUGGCGCCAGAGCAGGGCCCCUGUGCGAUAGGGGCCAAUAUUUCAUCCCCGCUCCAGGCCGUCAGCACCUUGCAACGAAGCUGAGACGGAACGAUAUCAAUGACUACUCCAGCGGAGCGUCCAGCUCCAUCAGUGAACUGGACGACGCUGAUAAAGAGGUGCGUAACUUGACAGCAAAGUCUUUCCGAAGCCUGGCGUGUCCCUACUUUGAUGCCAUUAAUUUUAGCACGUCAAGCGAGUCCUCCUUGUCGGAAUAUGGUCUGAAUAAAUGGUCAGCUUACGUGGAUUGGAAUUGUGGAAACAUGCGCGCUAAAGAGCGCAGCGUCAUUGCGCAAAAGAGCACAACUCUAGAAAUGAAUAGGACUGUGGAAAAUAGGAGACAUGAUUCUAGGGGCGGAAUGGAAGCUCCACAAACCAAAGUGGAGGCCCUGAACAAAAGUACAUAUUCCAAACAGCCUGCGUCCUCUACUCAGAAGAUCCAUCUGACAGAUCCCCAGCAGGUGCAGCGUGGAGUCACGUUCAAUUUCCGCUGUAAUGUUGAAUCUCCAAACGCACACAGGGACUCCAAAUGCUCCGUGAAGGCGCGCUCGGGUUGUGCUUUGCAAUAUCGAAGCACAGACAGCACGGGGGACACGCACAAAAAGGCAAUUUUUGCAUCGAGUCUGUUGAAAAACGUAAUUUCUAAAAAGAUGCAGUUUGAGCAGGAACGCAAGAUGGAGAGGGGAGAAAUCUGUGAUACACACCCAGCAGUCUCCCCUUGUUUGCAUAUAAAAGACCCAGAUCAGCCGAGAGACAAAUGCAGAUGUGUACACAGGCAAAUGUCAGAAACAGGCUCAGCUUUUACUGUAAACUCUCUUGAUGAGGGAGGCAGACUCAGCUCCUUUGGGUCUACAGAGGAGACCACAGACAACAAAACUUCCGAAAGGCGAGAAGAUGAUUUAAAAACAGCUGCAGCCGAAAGCCAAAGUUGUUCGUUUAAUGAAUAUAAAGAAGACGAUCCACCGCCUGGAAAAGAGGUUUCUUCUGUGGGUGAUGCACAGACAACAGGAAAUGAAAGACUGGACUCCAGCAGCAUGCUGACCAAACUGCUUUUUGUGCCCAGCUGCCAACUCCUAACAAAGGACAGGGACAUCACUGGCGAUCUGACACAACACACGUGUGAUAAGGGUGCAGUAAAUGAGCUCAAAAAGAGAAAUGAAGGAAGCCCGCAAGGCAAAGAGGGAAAGGAGAAGAACUCACCUGAAAUAAAAAUAUGCCUUAGGAGUAUGAAAGAAGACAAAGGCUGCACACUAAACAUUGCACAUCUAUUGACCCCCCAAAUUAGUAGCAAUAUUAACACCCUUAGGGUUGGAGAUGAUAAUAAAUCCCACGUUUUAACUGCAGGCGAUAAAGUUCCAAACUUCACUGUAAGAGAUAUAAGAGACACCAAGUGUAAGUUCCAGACGCCGAUCUAUCAUGUUAGGGAUGUGCGGAAAUUGGUCAAAAGCUCAUAUCGCUUCAUUUCGUUGGAUAAAAGUGACAAUAAAUGUGAAAAGGUGGAACCGAAGGUCCAAACGGAGCCAGCAAAAAAUGGGUUACCCUCUACAAUAAGGAUCAAAUGCAACUCUGUAAAAACAAACAUUCAAUCAGAGACAAGUCAGGCAUCACACAGACAAGAAGCAGACAGGCAACACGAAAAACCCCAAAGUGACAAUAACCCUUUGGCUUGUAGCAGUGGCAGACUGCCCACAGCACCAAACAAGCAGGUCAACUUGGAUCCAUUUGAGUCUAAUCCUGAGGUCAAACUGGCAAAACAAAAGCAGGACACGUUUCUUUGUGAGACAGCAGAGAAGAGAAGUGAGGCUCCAGUAAAGCAGGGUGCACUGGAGAAGCUAAAAGCUGCAGUCAAAACAAUGGAGCAGCUUUAUGUUUUUGAUCGAAACGAAUGGAAGCGCAAAACUCAAGCCCCGCACCCGGUAACUCGCAGCCACGUUCUGUCAGUUAUUACCAGUGAGGAGCCUGAGAAUGCUGAAAGAACUCCCCAGUCUUUGAUCAAUACUACAGAAACAGAAAAGAGAAGUACAAACAUCAUACAUGUUCCAUACUAUAAUGACACAUUUAAAACAAUUCCCCAGGAAAACAAAACUUUUACAAACAAAAGCAUCCUUCAUUUUGGAAACAGAACCUCAGUCGGCGUUAACUCAGAAAGUGUUCCCGAUCCAUCAAGGUCUCCUCUGCAAACACCACCUGCUAUUAAAAACUCCAAGACACCAACGGCUCCACUGUCGGUGAAAAUAGAGCCGGCGAAACAUGGCAAGGUGGAGCAGGGACAGUCCAAAAUCAGCCCCAGUAAUCCCACUGUCACACAAGGCUGCUCGGACUCUGAGAACUAUUUAACCAUUCCCGGGCUGGGCCAUGCAAAUGAAACCAAACUGCUAAAUCGAGAGUCUGCUUUGAUGGAGGGGUCUUCAGGCCUUGGUUGUGCUGGUGCAGAUCCUUUAAAGGGAUCUGAGACAAAGAAGUCUCCUUUGUUCUUGGAGCAUCCUGCUGCGUCGAUCUACCAUCGUUCCACAGCAGUGACAAGCCCGCAGAAACAGCACCAGGUGUUAUGUUUCACUUCUUCUGCCCUGAACGUCUCCCCCACACCGUCUGCUGGAGACGCAGCCCCGCAGACCCAGAGGAAGAUGCUUUUAGAUCCCACAACUGGACAUUAUUACCUGGUGGACACCCCCUUACAGGUCACCACAAAGAAACUGUUUGACCCUGAUACGGGCCAGUAUGUGGAGGUGCCUAUGCCCCACUCACCUGUGGCUCCUGUUACACCCGUGCAUCUCUCCUUGUCCCCUUUAGCCCUCAGCCCACCAGCAUACACCCCCACUUACAUGAUCUAUCCCGGCUUCAUCCCCUCUCCCACCUUAGCAACUCAGGCGAUGAUGUCACAGUCGCCGUGUCACUCAGAGGAAGCAGCUGGAGAAAAUGUCAAAAACUCCAAAGAUGCAUGGCUGGAGAGUGCCGCUGCAGGGGCAGAAAGCGCAUAUUAUAGUGCAACAAGAGAAGCUCACCAAGGGCCGCUACACUUACCCGUAAGCCUGGGACACAUAACAGCCAGAGGAGACGCAGCGAGGUCGGACAGAAAGCCGCUGAUCAGCAUCACAACGCAACAAGGUCCAAGGAUUGUCGCUCCUCCUUCAUUUGAUGGGAAGACAAUGAGCUUUGUAGUCGAGCAUCGGUGACCAAGAGACGUUGUCUUCAUACAUAUAUAUCUGCUGACGAAUAUAUCCUCACUCACUGUAAGUGCAGUUCACCCCCCCACCCCCCCCAUUGGGAUCAACUCCCAGGACUGCACCAACCCGCUUUACAGUUUUUUAUGACGUUUAUCAAUGUUUUUUGUGUGCAAUGCAAUACUUUGAAAUAGCAAAAUGUCAAGUCCUCCCAUUGAUAUUCUCUGGCUUUGUGACAAUUUCCAUUCAGGCGCUGUCUGGGUCUCUGAUUUCUGUUUCAAUGCUAUUUCUGCCCUUCAGUCAGUUCAAAAGGAAACAAGGCAGCGUGUUAUAGUGAAGUGUUGAUAUAUUUUAGCCAAGCUACCUCUCAAUGAGAUUAUUGUUACCACACAUUACAAAACAAUCAUGUAAUUCAUCUAAAGCUUUAAAUAUGAUUUAGUAUUUCCUAAAAGAUGAACACAGUGUUUGAGUAAUAAAGCGGUGUAAGUCAAAACACUUCAGUGAAUGUCCAUUUGUUAGUACAUUUACUGACUGAUGUUGUAAUGAUGGAUCAACUACCGUUACUAUUUACUGUUAAGAGACUUGAGUUAUCAGAGAAACAUGGAUUAUUGUGAGAAGCACCUUCUUAAUGUUUGUUUCCUGCAACAAACUGUAGCGUUAUUCUACGGAAGCAUAUUGUAUUCAAUAAAAAAAGGUGUUUUGGUUUUUGUUUUAAAAAGCAGAGAGCUACAAACGGGCUGGCUGCCAACCUCAUCUGCUCAUGAAAGCCAUAAGAUGACCUGAAACUUGAAGUCAAAAAGCCACUAUGUGUCUGUGUCCUCGACAUGAUCCGUGUCCGUUUUGUUAAUGUGCUCGCCACAAUAUCGACAGUCUGUUUUGUCCUUCCUAAUUACUUCAACCACGAACAUUACCGAGAAAAAUUUUGGGGAAGCAUUAAAUACAGAAUUCAACUGUAUGAACAGUUUAUUUUUGUUUAGGGUGAUGCUGAAAACGAGUUACAGCCAGAGUUUUUCGAUAAAUAGGAUCUGCUUGUUUAAAGCCGUGAGGUUUGGAGUGAUUUGGAAAAUGUUCAAUGAAAUAUCUUUAAAAAACAGCAGAAUUAUUUAAAAAGAAAUUAACAAAUUAUCAUGAAAAGAAACAUAUCAAAAAACAAACAAAAAAAGAAUCUCAUAAACCAGAAAAAAUGAUGACAAAAAGUUAUAAGAAAUAUCUUGAAAUACAAAAAGAUCUAGAAAAUCAUUGCAAAAAUAUCUUAAAAAACAGGCUGCAUGCUCUGUAAUGUUUGUGGAUGAAGCAAAUAGGAAGAAUGAAACAGGCUGGUGAUGUCAUGACCCACACAUAAUAAACAAACGGGACACGGAUCGCGUCUUACACAGACACUCUGUGGCUUUUAAGCUUUUAAGUCCAGCUCAUCUUAUAUUUUUCAUGAACAGAUGAGGUUAGUGCCCAGCCGGUUUGUAGUUUUUUGCUUUUGUUGUUCAAAAAAAAUAGCUCAAAAAAUCAUAACAAAAAACACCUGUUUUUUUAUUACAUGUAUUGAAUACAAUACAUGUAGCUUCCAUAUUAUUCUUUCCUGUCCUUUCAAAUUGAAAUACCAAAUUCUAAUUUUAGCGUGUGAACACGAAUGCAACGGCGAAAAAAAGUAAGCAAAGCUCAAUGAUGAUGUGAUUUUUAUUUGGUACCAUUUCUAAUUCAUCACUUUAGCAUUCCUUUCUGUGGUACAGAGAGCAGCCACAUAAAAUCCCGUAAAGUCGCACUGGCCUUCUUGUCAAUUACUAUCAACAGUUUGGUGCAUAAGUGUCAAUUUGUGCCCGGGUUUAUGCUGAGUCUGUAUAGUUUGAUCAAAGAACAAUGAAGACUGUAUGCUAGCAUAGAUUUUGUGUGUUUGUUGUUGUUUUUAAUAAUAUGUUAUCAGUUCAGCUUGUUUUGAUAGGUAGAUGUUGGUGACCUUCAGAUAUGUAGUGCGUUGAUGUGAAAGCUAAAAAAAAAUCUGGUUUCAUUUUGAAAUAGUGCCAACAUUUCCAGCAAGACAUGUUUGUUUGGGUUCUAAAAAGUCCAGAAUGUUAUUGUUUCUUUUUUUUAAAAUCUGAAAUACGAUGUGGACAUUUGACGGCUUAUUCAGAUAUUUGAUGAAGACGUCAAAGAGCACACCCAGAAAACCCUAAAGGGAAGACGUGCCCUAUUGCUUCAGGGUCCUUCAAUGGAAUUGUUUUGUAUUUUUCCUUCCCCAUGGCAGUGGAUGACUGAGGAAAUUGAAAACAAGUAGCAAGAUCAGUUAGGGAUCUGUUUAUUUUAUAGAUUUAAAAGAUCAUAGAUUAGGAGGAACAGAAGAACAUUGCCUUUGUUUAAGAUUAGAUUACGGCAUUUUCCAUUAAAAACAAAAAAAAUAGUGCAAGAUCAACUUCGAGAUUAGGGUCAUGGAGAAAGAAAAUUUCUGACUUUUUCUCAGAACUCUGCGAUUAUAGUCAGAAUUUUUUUCUUUCUCCAUGGUCCUAAUCGUCUUCCGUAGUCAGAUGUUACACCACUUUUUUAAAAUAUGGUUUUAACUUCACAGCACUGAUUCAGUUACAUAUCUAAGCAGAGGGACCAUUAGUCUGCAAUGCGUGUCAAGUCCUACUAAUAAAAAAACUGAUGCAUUUCAAAUGAAAAAUUGCAGUAAUAAGCACUUAAUUAAUUAAAAAUUAGUUUGAAAAAAUGAUUUAUGUAAGUGAGUAAUGGAGCUACAUAACAUGUGUAUCAUGUUGCCACGCAAACGUUCACAGUAAGAUUUCCAUGUCACUCGGUGGCUCAGGUUCUACCUUAAGUAAGCUCUUUGUCGUGACUUGCAAAAUGCCACUAAUUCCUGCUAAAUAUUUUGUGGGUUUACACUUUAAAGCACACUCCUUAUAAGGGACAGGGGAGAGAGAAAAUUAAAAUAUAAGUGAGCAGUUAGAAUACACUGAGUUGAUCCUGAUCAGUGGUUCAUGGCCCAUUUAAAGUUGAAGCAAAAAGAAGUGCAGAUAACUUCCUCCAUUUUUUAAUUAAACAUGAGCAAAUGUGUCCAUGGUUGUUUGCGGUGAGCUAUGUUCGGCAUUCAGGCAUUCUGUGAGUACUGUUUGCUGCAAACAGGGUCACAGACUAAACAAGUGUGAAGUGUGACUUUACACACACCACACGGUAAUGAAGGUUUUCUAGUCAUUAAAGACAUUAUUUUUUUUGUGUGUCUGAGAAAACAAGGAAAUGUCCUGGCUACUAAGACUCCCCCCAUUUAAAAUAAUGUCAUUAAUGACUUUCCCUUGAACAGAUACACAUUGUCUGUCCUGUUUCCAUUUGAAAAUACUGCUGGGCUUUAUUUGGCAUUUUUGUUUCAUUUAGGUUUUUUAAGCUCUCGUGUAGAAAUAAAGACUGCAGUUUUACUAUUUCUCUAGUGCAUGUGAAAACUAUAAAGAAAGGUAUGUGGAGCUGCUGGUCAGUCUAUGUACUUCAUGUAUAUUUAAACACUUUGCCUCAGUGAGAACUUGUUUUACAGAAAUGAACUGCUCCAAAAAUGAUAUUUGUUCUGAAUCAAUAGUCUUGAAAAGACUAUUGUUAACAGUUAAAUAUGUUUUAUCCUUCAAGCUAAUUCAUGUUGCAGUAUAAGUAGAUAGAGGGCUUUGGUUGUUUAAGAGUUUAAAUAAACUCCACUGAAGAUAAACUCUUUUAUUUUAUACUUUUAAAAAAUUUGAAUUUACAAAAAAACAACCAAAACCAAACAGACAUUUUUUUUCUUUUUUUUUCAAUAUUUUAAGUAGCAUAACAAUAAAUAUUACAGUUUUUAACAUCUUUUUUUGAUGCAGUGUUAGCGUCUUGAUGAAAGCACUUAAUGUAUUUACAGUACCACCGAAGUUAAAUCCUGCAUAUGUAGAUAAUCGGGGCAAUUGAUGAUUUCUUAUAAAAAAUGUCAUGGAUAUUUUGCACAGCAGAACAGGUGGUGUUAUGUGGUUUAAACCGUCAUAUAAUGCAUUAUUUAUAAAUAGCAGACCAGCCCAAGCACAUUUCUCAUGUUAUUUUACAGCAUAAAAUGACAUACGAGAUCGUUAGCAAUAAAAUAAAGCUGAUGGCAGGCUGUCAUGAUAUAUACAGGUAUAUAAAAUGACAACAUUUAUGAGCAAUGAGUAAUUUACAUGAUAUGUCCUAAUUCCUUGAUGGAAUUUUAGGCCAAAAAAACUGAUAAUAAUAGUAUUUUUAUAUUUAAGAGGGCUGAGUUUAGGUAGAAUGAAUUGGUUAGAGAGAAGUUAGUGUCUUUGGAACAUAAGCUCGUGUUUGAAUGACGUGUACUGAUGGCUAUAAAUUCAUGCACUGGAGAAGUCUGUUUUAAUGACACUGUGGACUGUGACACGUGGCUGCCUCGGAAAAAGUAGGAGGUCAGGAUGGAAGUGGAGGGAGGACUUGUUAUGAGAAGUGAGUGCAGUGUUUGCACAAAAAUGGAAUGAAAGUAAGAGUUAUGGCGAAUGCGUGUUAUGUAGACUGAUAAGCCUACAUAUCCUUGUAAUAAAGAUUUAUUUAAAAUACAA